UGGAAAAUCAAAUAUAUUGUUACUAAUCUAAGAAUAAUAAAUUCAGGCUUAAUUCAGCCGCUUGCCUAAUUUCCCUCGUGCAUGCAGUCCGACUGACUACUAUCACGCACAUUAGAGUGAAUAAGUUACAAAAAUGCAGUCAAAUGAAAAGCGACCAAAAACUAUGGAUCUUGCAUCAUUGGAGCCGGCAGCCAGGGUUAAACAGCUCGCUAACUUUGGAGCUAUGGUGGAAGUUGACCCUAAUGUACCACCAAGAAGGUACUACCGUUCAGGGUUAGAGAUGGUGAGGAUGGCAAAUGUGUAUCUAGCCGAGGGUAGCCUUGAAAACGCAUACAUGUUAUAUUUAAAGUUUAUGACACUAUUCUUAGAAAAGAUAAGAAAACAUCCAGAGUAUGUCACAGUACCUUCUGAUGUAAAAGCUGUAAAUCAAGCGAUGCUAAAGGAGGUAAUGCCAAAAGCUGAAAAACUGAAGCAGAAACUCUUAGACCAAUAUGCAAAAGAACAUGCAAACUAUAAAGAAUAUGAGGAAAAAAGAAAAUUAGCAGAAGCAGCAAAAAGGAAGCAGGAACAAGAAGAUGCUAAGCUUGCUCAGCGGCUUCAGGCUGAUGAAAACAGACAGGACGGCCACACAACACCUCAUCUACUUAAUGCAGAAGAGUGGGCCGUGUCACCAUCAGCUCCUCCAGUCGACGGCGUACUGUACCCAGACGACUUCGCGAGCGAGCCGCCGAGAGCACCCCCGCAAAGUUACCAUCCCACACCGCCUCUCAUACCGCCUUCAAGGCCUCAUGACGCUGGCAUAAACGACUUUGUGUCGCCACUGGUGUCCGAGCGCCGGUUGCGGCAAGUCGUGGUGCCGGCGGGACUCCUGUCCCGCUUCCUAGCGCUCGCGGCGCCCAACACUGCACGGAACGUCGAGCUCUGUGGCAUCCUCGCGGGCAUACUGGAGCGAGAUCAGCUGAAAAUAACGCACGUGGUGGUGCCUAAGCAGACGGGCACUCCGGACUCUUGCGUCACCAAUAAUGAGGAGGAAAUCUUCCACUAUCAGGACCAGCACAACCUCAUCACCCUCGGCUGGAUACAUACUCACCCAACGCAGACCGCAUUUCUCUCUUCAGUUGACCUCCACACACAGUGCUCGUACCAGCUGAUGAUGCCUGAAGCGAUCGCCAUCGUGUGCGCACCCAAAUAUAACGAGACAGGAUAUUUUGCACUGACGCCGGACUACGGCAUGCAGUUCAUCGCUAAUUGUAGACAAAGUGGAUUCCAUCCGCAUCCAAACGAUCCACCCUUGUUUUACACUGUAAAUCACAUACGGUUAGACCAGAUGGCGCCAAUCGAAAUGGUGGACCUCCGGAGAUGAAUUCACACACACAGACAACUACACACAUAAUGCCUUGCUAGAAUAGUUUACUUAGCUUCUAAAGCUUUCCUUGUCAAUUGUACACUUUUAUACGAGAACACAUACCUAUUUAUUUUUAGAUCUAUCUAUCUCUUAGCCGUUUUCACACAAACCACGCUGUUAUUGGGGCACGUAAAACCUGUCACGAAAUGGAAAAUAUAAAAUGGGCCUACUAAGAAACUAUGAGGAGUACGGCAGAGUUAUUCAAAUUUAGCUAGCCACUGUGGAAUGUUGCCAUCAAAUUGCAAGUUAACGGCUUGUACUGUAAAAUGACUGCUCUGGUAUAGCUUUUUGUGGCAGAGCACGUCCGGGGCAGUACUACCACCAUGCAUAUUUCUGCCGUUAAGCAGUAAUGUCGCAAUGCUGUGUUCCGGUCUGAAGGGCGUAGUUGCCGGUGUAAUUAAAGGCACGUCGUGGAAUGUUGACAUAAAAUUGCAAGUUAACGGCCCGUACUGUAAAAUGACUGCUCUGGUAUAGCUUUUUGUGGCAGAGCACGUCCGGGGCAGUACUACCACCAUGCAUAUUUCUGCCGUUAAGCAGUAAUGUCGCAAUGCUGUGUUCCGGUCUGAAGGGCGUAGUUGCCGGUGUAAUUAAAGGCACGUCGUGGAAUGUUGACAUAAAAUUGCAAGUUAACGGCCCGUACUGUAAAAUGACUGCUCUGGUAUAGCUUUUUGUGGCAGAGCACGUCCGGGGCAGUACUACCACCAUGCAUAUUUCUGCCGUUAAGCAGUAAUGUCGCAAUGCUGUGUUCCGGUCUGAAGGGCGUAGUUGCCGGUGUAAUUAAAGGCACGUCGUGGAAUGUUGACAUAAAAUUGCAAGUUAACGGCCCGUACUGUAAAAUGACUGCUCUGGUAUAGCUUUUUGUGGCAGAGCACGUCUGGGGCAGUACUACCACCAUGCAUAUUUCUGCCGUUAAGCAGUAAUGUCGCAAUGCUGUGUUCCGGUCUGAAGGGCGUAGUUGCCGGUGUAAUUAAAGGCACAUCGUGGAAUGUUGACAUACAAUUGCAAGUUAACGGCGCGUACUGUAAAAUAACUGCUCUGGUAUAGCUUUUUGUGGCAGGGCUCGUCCGGGGCAGUAUUACCACCAUGCAUAUUUCUGCCGCUAAGCAGCAUUGUCGCAAUGCUGUGUUCCGGUCUGAAGGGCGUAGUUGCCGGUGUAAUUAAAGGCACGUCGUGGAAUGUUGACAUAAAAUUGCAAGUUAACGGCUCGUACUGUAAAAUGACUGCUCUGGUAUAGCUUUUUGUGGCAGAGCACGUCCGGGGCAGUACUACCACCAUGCAUAUUUCUGCCGUUAAGCAGUAAUGUCGCAAUGCUGUGUUCCAGUCUGAAAGGUGUAGUUACAUGAGGCUGAACACCUACAGCUCGGGUUGUUGGACACAACUUUGCAGGAUGUGUUAAAGUGACGUGGGAAGUGUUGCUCUGUUUAUUCGAUGGU